AUGGACAAGAAAGUCCGACUGAAUGGCGUCGCCUCCACCAUGGACGUCAAUCUAGCAGGCCCCAGGGCUUCGACGAUAAUUCAUGGUAUCGAGGCACCACUUGAGCACGACCACUACUAUUGGUGGACGCGCUGCGCACCACUUUUUUCAACCCUCCUUAACAAUUCCGCUUCCUAUUCUGCAGAACAGAAAACCAAGCACAUGCGCAUUUUCAGAGAUGUUGUCAUCCCAACACUGGGCCCAUCACCAUCGAAGGCAAAAGUUAGACCACUUCUGACUAGUGACGGGUCACCCUUCGAGCCGUCAUGGAAUUUCCAGCAGGAUUUGAACAUCGUUCGCUACAGCUUCGAACCUCUUUGGAGCAAUGCAGGGACGGCUGAGAAUCCGUUUCCGGGCGAUUUGAUACCGACUUUGACGCCUCUGCUUCGUUACGUCUCCGACGAUGUCGACCUUCGGUGGUUCGACCAGAUCUGGGACUCUUGGAAUGUCCGAGGUCAAGAAGCUCAGGCAGCGAAGGCAAAGCUGCCACCUCAUAAGAGCCGCGCUCCACUGGUUUUUUUUGGGUUCGAUCUCAAGGGAGAAAAGUGCCACCUUAAGGCCUACGUAUUCCCGAUUUUGAAGCAUCUAGCCACAGGGCUUAGCACAAAGCAGCUCGUUUUCAACAAAAUCCGCAGUCUUCAACCAUGCGGUGACGCCUUCCAUGUUCCCGCCACGAAGUUAGAGAGGUUUAUCAGCACAUAUGCCGAGGGAUGCUCAGUAGAGAUGGUUGGUAUCGACUGUGUUAACCCAUCCAACGCACGUUUCAAAAUCUAUGCCAGGACAAAAUCCAACUCAAAGGCUGUCCUGCGAGACGUUAUGACGCUGGGCGGUGCACAGACGGACGAGGUCAGCUUAAAGGGGGUUGAGCAGGCCUUGAAAAUCUGGCACUUGUUGCUAGAUGAGAGAGACGGUUUACGCGAUGACCAGUCUAAGCCCCCGCGUAAUCCCCAGCACCAGCACAUCGGAAUCUGCUUCGUGUUCGAGUUACGGCCUGGUGAGGAGCGCAUCGAUGUCAAGGCUCACAUGCCGUGGUGGCAGACAAACAAGAGUGAUCUGCAGGCUGCGGCCAACCUCACGGAGGUAUUUUCCAUCCUGGGCUGGGAUGAGCAUGCUUCAAGGUACGCGCGAGGGGCUGUACAGGCGGCGGCACUGUAA